AAAGGAGACGUCCGGCUGCAUCGGCGAGGAGUUUCUCUCGGUUUCAUCUGAAGCUGAUCAGCAGGAGGAGAAUCUGACAGAGGAACAUUUUCAGCCAUUUGGACUCAGCUCAGCCACUACAGAGGAAACAAUGAGCUCAACACAGAUGGACCAACAUGGAGCGAGAAGUCAGCGCUCUCAGGAGGCUGACAAACCUCACAGAAGAAAGGGGGAGAAGAAAUACAGCUGUGAUGAGUGUGGGAAGAAUUUUACUCUGAAGUCUGAGCUAAAACAUCAUCUGUUCAUCCACACUGGGGAGAAACCAUUCAUCUGUGACUUGUGUGGAAAGUCUUUUAGACAGCCUGCAAACUUAAAAAAACACCAAGUCACCCACACUGGAGUUAAAGCGUACAGCUGUGAUCAGUGUGGCAAAGCUUUUACUGUCAGAGGCAACUUACGGCGUCAUCAAGUUACCCACUCUGAAACUAAGACGUACAGCUGCGACAUUUGUGGGAAAACUUUCACUCAUCUAACAUACCGAAAUACUCACCUACGCAUCCACACCAGGCAAGAUGUUUACUGCUGCGAUCAGUGUUUGAAACCGUUUGUGACAUACUAUGAAUUACAGCAGCACAUGCUUACCCACACUGAGGAGAGACCUUAUAAAUGUGACCUGUGUGAGAAGGCUUUUAAAGAGCCAAAUUCCCUGAGAAGACACGAACAGAUCCACAGCAGAAAGAAACUCUACAAGUGCAGUUACUGUGAGAAGCAGAGCGACACAGAUGGAUCCAGUUCUCAACCGUGUCGCCACUGUGGUGGUGGGAAAGCGUUGCGUUGUGAUCUUUGUGGAAAAACUUUCAAUAAUGAAAAGAACCUAAAGCUACAUCAACGUAGACACACUGGAGACAAAAUGAACUACUGCAAAGAAUGUGGGAGAGGCUUCCCCACACCAAGUGCAUUAAAAGAACAUGAAAUCUAUCACAGUGGGGUUAAAAAGCACGUGUGUGACCAGUGUGGGUCAUCCUUCACCACUGCAGAUCAUCUUAAAGUGCAUAAACGAGUCCACACAGGAGAGAAACCGUACAAGUGCAGACACUGUGACAAAAGUUUCUCGUACUCAGGGAGUCGUAACAAUCAUGAACUUACACACAUUGAAGGGAACUACAGCUGUGACCAGUGUGACAAAAGCUUCAAGAAUCUCAGUUCAUACUCCAAACACAAGCGAUCCCACGCUGUUAACAAACUUUUUCACUGUUACCAAUGUGCAAAAACAUUCACUUCAUUAUCUGCUCUACGCAACCAUCGACGUGAUCAUGCAGGACUGUGAUCACUGGAUCACAAUGAAUCUGCAGAGACAGAAAGAUCCUCUUCUGGUUUCAGGGUCAGACUUAAAAACCUUGAGAUCAGGCUCCACAGAGUUCAGGUG